AUGGCUUCAAUUGGGAUGUCAGAGAUGCUUGAAAACCCCAUCAAGCUGAAUGGUGUAGCAAGGUCAGCACCAUCAGCUUCUAGCCCUGCCACCUUCGAGACUGCGGCUCUCUUUGGUAAGAAGAAGGCAGCACCCCCUCCUCCUUUAAAGAAAGCUAAUGCUGUUGUCACUCCUGCCAAUGAUGAACUCACCAAGUGGUAUGGUCCUGACAGAAGGAUCUUCUUACCAGAGGGUCUCUUGGACCGAUCCAAGAUCCCAACAUACUUGACUGGAGAAGUGCCCGGAGAGCUUUGGCAUCGUACCUCGUUAAACUUCAUGCAAAAUGUAGUUAAUGGAUACCAGAGUCCUGUAAUAGUUGUUACCAAAGGAUGCCAGUUCUUCCUUAUUUCUUCCUCCAACUACUUGGAACUUCUCGCAAAUCUCUUGGACCGUGAAAAUUGGUCACUGGUUCAAUUCAUGUCAUUUUCUUACAGUGGAUAUGGCACCUCCAGCUUGCAACAAGUAAACAACUAA